AUGAAGGAGAAGAGCCUUCGCCUCCGCCUCGUGGUUAGGCGUCACGGCCUGCCCGAGGUGAGGAUCGUCUUCAACGUACCCCUCGAGCACGACCCGACUGUGUCCAAGCUGGUGGAAUUUGUUAACGAGACCAUACCCCUCGAGAGCGGCGAAUGGGGCCUCGAAGAUUACGUCGUAGAGUUGCGAGACAGCGAGGGCCACCCCUUUGAGUGCCUACAUUUCCAGCCCGUGGCAACCAUACUGGAGAAGGAUGAGGAAGUCUUCAUUCGACCUUUGUUCUCCGAGGAUGUCAAGAAGCGCAGAUUAAGUGGCCGGUACCAGAUCUCCUCUGACGGCAAACACUUGAUCGACGGUGUAGCUUUCGGACGACAGCGUCUGAAAGUUCCAAGAAACCGGCCUUCGAUUCACAUAUCGCCUCGGAAGCGGCGCAGAAUCACAUAUGAUGAGACUCCAACAAGCCUUGAACAGGACGAUAGCGAAGGCGGAUAUGACGAUGAUGAAGAUGGCGAAGACACGGACGAAGAGGACGAGGACUCCCGGGACGAUGAAGAACCUUUACUUCUCACGGAACACGGCGAGCUGGAGGAGGAAGAGUCUGACGAUCCAACGAGCGUGCGAGUGAUCGCUGACUUUGAAGAUGCCGAUACGAGUGCUGAGGACGCAGCAGUAGAACGGGAAGAAGAUGGUGACGACAACUUUGGGCUUGAGAGUGCCGAUGACGAUGGGGACGAUGACAUGGAUCUAGAUGAUCUUGAAUCUACCAUCGAUGCCAACGAACUCAAUGCCCUUCGUGAAGAGGUUGCAGAGAUGGAGGGGUGGGGAGACGAUGAAGAAGCUUUGGUCGUUGAAAGGGGUCUGGACAGCCGGCUGGACCUGGCCAUCCUGGAUCGUAUUACGGCGCUACGAGCUGCGUUCCCAUCAGUGACGGUUGAGCACUGUGAGAAACUUCUAUCAAAAAUUAAGAAUGAGAGGAGAAUCUACAAGAAGCUUUCCAAGUCCCACCAACCUCAAAUGGAUUUCGAGGAUAUGCUGGCCUACAAGAAGUCCUUGCACCAGUCUUCGCCAGAACAACAUACGGAUGGGAUGAGCGAGGUCAGCAGCGACGAUGAAGUGGACUCUGUCACUCGACACUUCGACCAGCAUGGCUUCCCUCCUGGGUCUAUUGCUGCCGGCAAUGCCUUAUCUCAUAUGGCCCAGGCACUAAGGGAUUCACGAUCCUUGAAUGCCAUGAAACUGGUCAACAAGAAAUUUGACACAGAAGAACCUAGCGCAACCCUAUCGGCUACGGCAAGAAGCACCACAUCACUGGCAGUAGACGAUGACGCUACAUCUAGCAGUGGUUCGAGCUCGGAUUCUGAAUCAAGCUCAAGCUCGAAUGGCGAAGCAGGGGAGAACGACAAGGGAAUGGAGUCUGAUUCUGAGCCUGAAUCAUCGUCAUCAAGUGGCGAUUCAGACAGUGGCUCUGAAAGCGACAGCGGACCAGAGGAAGCUCCUGCAAAGGCAGAUCGGAGCCAUGAUGACGCCUCUGACGCUGCGAGUGAUAGAAGCAGCAGUGAUUCUAGCUCUAGUGACGACGAUGACGACGAGGACGAUGCCGAUGAGACCAAGCACAAAGCUGCCAGUGCUAGUCCCAAUGCAUCUUCUUCGGGCGAAGAUAGCAGCGAUCAUACUUCGUCAGAUGAUAGCAGCAGCGACGACUCCUCAAGUUCGGAAUCUGAAUCCGAUUCAGAGUCAGACCACGAUGCUUCGAUUUCCAAAUGGAAAGCUGCUACGGCCAGCGUUGGUCAACUCGUCAAGAUGUCAUCAAUGGGUGCGCGCAAUGUACAGCCUCCUUCAACUACUAGCGUCAAGGAGGCUACACCGGUCCCGCCAGGCCAGGGCAAGUCAAAAACGCAGAAACGCAAUGCUAGGAGACGGGCUGCAAAGCAGGCUAAUUCUGGUCUGGCUGUUGAUGCAGCUAAUUCGUAUCUCCCGGCUGUUCCAGAUGGAACGGAGCCCGAGAAACAAGACUCCGAGCUUUCAGCAAGAAAACAGGUGCUUAUGGAACGGUUAUCUGUAGACCAAUCGAGUGGCAGUCAGGAUGUAAUCGAAGAGAUUGAAGCACUCAUCGGAUCACCCCCCAAGGCCACCGACACAUCUAGCUCGGUAGUCAUUGAGAGCCCUGACACCACUUCAUCACAACGAAGGAUGCGCCUUGAUGUCUCCGCCGGCCAACGAUUGUUAUUUGGUGCUUUGGGCUUGAAAGCCCCGAAGAAUAAACCAGAUGCGGACAAAAUUCGUGCUAACCUGAUGAAAGGUGUCCGUCCGCUUAUCAAUACGCGCGUCGAGCAAAACAAAUCCGGGGAGAUAAGCGGCGUAAGCAAGCCGGCUCCUAUUUCCGAAGAUGCGGACGAUGGCCAUGAGGACUGGAAGGCGAAAAUCAACUAUCGUGCGGUUGAAUGCUGUCAAGAAGACAUUACUCUGAGCGAGCCCCCGUUCCCUUUUGUCCAGCGAUGGGACCCUCAACAACAGAGUCGCGGAGGGAAGGGUAAGCGGAAGCAGCGCAAUCAAGCACAGUUUUAUCAAGAUGAUGACGUUCAACAUGCGUCCAAGAAGCAAAAAGUCUCCCGCGCGACAGAACAGCCAUUCGACAGCUCGUACAUAGUCGAAGCUGAACUCAGCACUGAUAACAUCGAACUGAACUAUAACGACGGACCACUGAAACCGGGUAAGGCCCAGGUUGCGGCUGAGAGUCAAAUAACGGACCUAGAUGACCUACCGUCUUUGCCCUCAGAUCUGUCAUCCCUGCCCCUACUCCAACCUGGCGAUGCGCAGGUUGGAAUGGUUAUUACAUGGACGGCAUGGCUUCUGUCCAGUGCUACAGGAUGGCAGCCUCAAGUGUCAAACCUCACUGGCAUUGUCACCAGCGUCAAGGAAGAUGGCCUGAUGAUGGAGGUGUUGCUCGCUCGCCGUGACCGAAAUCUUGAUCGCAAUGAGAAGAGUUACGAUAAAGAGACAGGUCAGCGGGUGUACGACCGAUUUGAAGCCCCGGAUCUGGAUGACGACGAUUUAGAUCAUUUGGGAGACGAAGGCUACCGAACCUUGUCAUUCUCGGAUCUGGAUAAACCGCGGAUAGUUCAACAGCCCUUGGAGUCAGUUCAAAUUGCUGAAAUUGUUGCUGAUAGCCAACCAAACCACCAGACACACAACAGCCUGGACCUGUCGACCACGAUUGGCCGAAGCGGUUUUGAAAAGCGCUUUGAGAGUGGAGAGCUGAUGGAUCUCGAUGGCCAAGGCUUUGAGAGCGUCAUUGCGAAUAUAGAUAAUGGCGCGUCUAGCUUGUCUGUCUCGACUCAGCCCGGCCAAAGACGUGACACCUUCGGUUAA